UAUCUCGGCUGGCCCAGCGUAUGGAUGCCAUUUGCGGGAUGAUAUGCCGUCGCUUGUGGAAUCAAGGUUGGCGAUUGCCUCUCGCGCAUCUCUCGUUGUGGCAGAGGUUCUUGUUAUGGCCAUUACCUAUGUUGAGAUGGGUCACUAUCGUCACAGUGCGGACAUCAUAAGUGUCUUUCAAAAAAGGUUGACACUAUCAAGUGUGUUCUACGAAAACGGCAGGAUAUACUUCGUGUAGUACCCAUCAAGCGCGAAACUGCCUUGAUGCUGACUUUCGGAUGUUCAGAUUGGUGACUCUCAUGAACGCUUACUAUCUUAUGACCUGGAUGCCUCUUCCCGCGCGUAUACUUCGCUUUCCACUCACCUUCAAAGUUGUUCU